UUGGUCAACCGCUUCUAACUGUCUCAGGCGGGAUGCUCAGGUGAUUUGGAACAGUAGCCGUGGGGAUUCUGUGAGAGCCCCUGGGUCAGGCAACAUCUUCAAGUCUGUAGGAUCCCUCUUCACGGCUCAGCCUGACUCUCCCUAGCAGCUCGGACUGGAGCCUCUAGAUGCCCAUGCAGCUUCAAGCUCCUGGGAAAAGUGGAGUUGUCUGCAAGAGAGACCAAGAGAUGAAGCCCAGAGAGGACAUGGCUGCUGAUGUGAAUUUGCCCCCAAGGCCCCAGGUCCUGGGUCCAGAGGAGCAGGAUGAAUUGUGUGAGGGAUCAGUGUCAGUUGAGGACGUGACCGUGGACUUCAGUAAGGCAGAGUGGCAGCAACUCAACCCUGCCCAGAGAUGCCUGUACCUGGACGUGAUGCUGGAGAUCUAUAGCCACCUCUUCUCCGUGGGGUAUCACAUUCCCAACCCAGAGGUCAUUUUCAGGAUGAAGAAAGACAAGGAGCUGUGGAUAGGCGAGGCUGAACUCCCACAUCAGAGGCACCAAGAAAUGAAGUUUGUUCUUAAUACCCCACAACAGGACAUUUUUGGAACAGCUUCAUUUCAUGACAUGGCAGGCAAGGUCACAAGAGAUGGUUCUUGGUAUUCCAUUUUAGCAGAACUGUGGAAAGAUGCUGGCUGUACAGAGAGAGAUCAGCCAAAUCAAAAUAAACCUUCACAUCAGAGGGCUUUCCUCAACAUGAAAAAACUGAAUACAGAGAAAGGUUGUCAAUAUAAGGACCCUGGGAAAAUCAUUCAUGUGAGGCCCCAUCUUGUUCCUUCACAAAAAAGACGUCAUAAAUGUUCACUUGUAAAAAGUUUGACACCUAACCUAGAAUUAAAUAGUCAAAAUCAAAGCAAUACCACAAAACACCUUGAUGAGAUUGUGGGAUCUAGUCAGCUAUUCAUCCAAAGCUCUUCCCAUGCUAGCUACAAGAAUAUUCACACAGGAGAGAACAUCUGCAGAGGUAAUCAACAACCCAAAGUCCUCAGCCACAAACAGUCACUUACACAACCUCAAAUUCAUACUCUGGAGAAACCAGAUAAAUGUACUGAAUGUGGGAGGGACUUCACCCACAAGGAGAUGAAGUCUCAUCUCCUCAAGCAACAGAGAUUCCAUAAUGUAGAAAACUUCCAGGAAUGCAACAAAUGUGGAAAAGCCUUUGUCUCACAACCAAAAUUUGGUGACUAUCUGACAGAUCACACAGGUAACAUACCUUAUAUAUGUAAGGAAUGUGGAAAAGUCUUCAUUCAGAGAUCAGAGUUGAUUACACACCAGCAAACUCACACUAGAAAGAAGCCCCAUAAAUGCCAUGAAUGUGGAAAAGCCUUUUUCCAGACACUAUCUCUCUUCAGACAUCAGCGAACUCAUAUGAGAGAAAAACUCUAUAAGUGCAGUGAAUGUGGGAAAGGCUUCUCUCAGAAUUCAACCCUCAUUAUCCAUCAGAAAAUUCACACUGGUGAACGACAGUAUGUGUGUAGCGAAUGUGGGAAGGCCUUCACUCAGAAGUCAACGCUCAGCUUGCACCAGAGAAUCCAUUCAGGGGAGAAGUCCUAUGUGUGCAUCAAAUGUGGGCAGGCCUUUAUCCAGAAGGCACACCUAACUGUGCACCAAAGGAGUCACACAGGAGAGAAACCUUAUCAGUGCCACAACUGUGGGAAAUCCUUCAUUUCCAAGUCACAGCUUGAUAUACAUCAUCGAAUUCAUACUGGGGAGAAGCCUUAUGAAUGUAGUAACUGUGGAAAAACCUUCACCCAAAAGUCACACCUCAAUAUACACCAGAAAAUUCAUACUGGAGAAAGACACCAUGUAUGCAGUGAAUGUGGAAAAGCCUUCAACCAGAAGUCAAUACUCAGCAUGCAUCAGAGAAUCCACACUGGAGAGAAGCCUUACAAAUGCAGUGACUGUGGGAAAGCCUUCACUUCCAAGUCACAGUUCAAAGAACAUCAGCGAAUUCACACUGGAGAGAAACCCUAUGUGUGCACUGAAUGUGGGAAGGCUUUCAAUGGGAGGUCAAAUUUCCAUAAACAUCAGAUGACUCACACUAGAGAGAGAACUUUUGCCUGUUACACAUGUGGGAGUGCCUUCAUCCAGAAGUCGGAGUUGGUGACACAUCAGAGAAGUCAUAUUGGAGAGAAACCGUAUGAGUGCUGUGACUGUGGGAAAUCUUUCAGUAAGAAACCACAACUCAAAGUGCAUCAGCAAACUCACACAGAGGAAAGACCCUAUGUGUGUACUAAAUGUGGGAAGGCCUUCAACAAUAGGUCAAAUUUUAAUAAACACCAAACAAUGCAUGCCAGAGACAAAUCUUACAAAAGCAGUUAAUUCUGUGAAAGGCUUCACCUGGAAAUCAGUACCUAGUACAAAUUUGAAUAUACAUAAGUGAAACAAACUCUGAAUCUCUUAAUGAAAAAAAUUUCACGAGUCAGAUUUAGUUGUACAUUAUAGCAUUUAUGCUUCAGGAAAACUAGGAAAUGCACUGCAUGUCACAAAGUUACACAUUAUUUUAUGUAAGGGAAUUAGAAAAGAACUUUUAAGAAUGAGUGAAAGUGUCCAUAUUUGUACUACCUUUGUUAAAGAUUAUAAAAUUCAUCUGGGGAAGAAAUCACAGCUAAUGUAUUGAGAAAAAUAUUCCUCUCAAAAGGGAUAAAAGAUUUUUACCAGAUUACUUAUAGGCUAGUUUGUGGGCAAUCAUAUUAGUGAUAACCCUGUUUAAUGUGAAAUACUAAUAUUUUUUAAAGUGCCAGCAAACUGAAUGAUGAUUGGACUAUAUUAUGGAUGUAUGUAUAUGUGGUAUCUAUAUAUUUAUAUAUGUAUGUAUAUUUUUAGUCAGGUCAAUACACACCCUCAGUUCUAUAGCAUCUGCUACAGAAUCCACUGCAUAAUAGGAGGUAUGGAUUAUAUACUUUUUAAAUAAUAUAAUUGUUUGUUAAAUUUCCUAUUGAUAUUUAUAUCCUGAAGUUGCACAGUCAAUGUUUGUAUAGACAUAUGAACAUACAUUUUUGGUAAAUGAAUAAAUGUGACUGUAUAAUGUAUACUGGUCUUUGUAGUGUAGUUUUUCUUUGUUCAUGAUUAGCUCAGCUCUACCUUCUCUUUCCACCCCCAUCUAUGAGGAGCCUCUUGUAGAUAACCAGCGUAAGGACUGGUUAUGGGCUCUUUCAUAUUUUUAUAUGAGCUACUAAUCAUAAUACACUAGGAGUCAGCAAACUGGCC